GACUGUCAGACUGCACGAGUUCGUUGCCCAUUUUGUUUACAUCUGCGGGACACGUAGCAUCAAACGCAAGAAAGCUGACCGGACAUAUGCAUGCAGCACUCAUGAUUAACUUUCAUACAAGCAGACGCUUUGUCACGGGAAUUCAGAAUCAAACAAUUUUUGAGCAGAGUUUGCUCAUUAAACUAUUAGGUUUCUAAAUGACAAAAUCACAGGGAUCAUCAUUUGAAUAUCUCAGCAGAAAAUGCUUAGGAUGUUCCUCAAAUUCUCAGUAGUCUUCUUCACAGUUUAGACGAGCUCUGACAUCCGUAACAGUGAAGUUCCCAUCUCUUGCCUUAUCUUGAUUGGCUGGGAAGGGCCAGAAGUGAAGCAGGACUGAGUGAAACAGCGCAGACGCUCUCAUUUGGAGAUUAGGCAACAGAAGGACCGGGUCUGUGAACUCUGAGGCUCUCGCUGUCAUCCAGACCAGAGCAGCCGCAUCGGAUGGUCAACAGGAAAUCCAGCGUAAGGACAGGAAACACUAUGAGUGAGACGAGCUGCGGUGGCCUGAGGGACGCGGCGUGACGUGCUGGAGCUCUGUUCAUGGGCAGGUGAAUAUUGAGCCGUGUUCAUGGUGUUCAUGCUGCCCGCGGGGAGAAGAGCGGCGCUCGGAGUUCAGCGCUGGACUCUUAUUGUGCUCCUCUACAGCAGUCAGGUCAUGGGCUCCACGCUGGAUGACCUGAUCUAUAAACGUAGUGAAUAUCAAGAGAACUGCACACGAUUCCUGAAAGCCACUUUCCCUACUGGAACUGGAAUUUUCUGCAAUGGAACAUUUGAUGUUUUUGCCUGUUGGCCACAUUCAUCUCCCGGGAUCGUAUCUGUACCCUGCCCUCCAUAUUUACCAUGGAUCAAAGAAGGUGCUACUGGAAACGUGUACAAGGAAUGCACGGUCAACGGGACCUGGAAAACUGAGGAGAAUUCCAGCACCAUAUGGAGAAAUCAGUCAGAGUGUGAACAUGAUUAUUUUUUCAAAUCCAAGGAAGAAGAAAUGUUUCGGCAAACUGUGCUGAGAGUCUUGUCCAUUGUAGGAUACUCGCUGUCAUUUUCCUCUCUUUGCUUGGCUGUUCUGAUCAUGGGUCUUCUGAGGAAGCUUCACUGUACGAGGAACUACAUCCACAUGAAUCUCUUUGUAUCAUUCAUAUUUAGAGCAACAGCAGUAAUAAUCAAAGAGGUUAUAUUACAAGUCGCGUAUACCAACAUGCCGAGGGAUGAGAUUGGAUGGAACAGCUACACAAAGUCUACGAUUUCAUUCAUCUGUAAGGCCUCAAAGGUGUCGCUGGAGUAUUUUGUGGGGUGUAAUUACUUCUGGCUGUUAGUGGAGGCGAUAUUCCUUCACACGCUGCUGUUCACUGCAGUUCUGACCAGGAAAAGACUUCUGAAGAAAUAUAUGAUUAUAGGAUGGGGAACUCCAUUACUGUUUGUGAUUCCCUGGACUGUUGUAAAGACGCUGUAUGAAAAUAAAAGCUGCUGGUUUAAUAACAUCAGCUGGAUCUGGUGGAUAAUUCGAGGCCCAAUAACAUUAUCCGUGAUUGUCAUUUUUUGCAUUUUUCUCAAAAUCAUCAGACUUUUGCUGUCUAAGUUAAAGGCUGACCAGGUGAAGUUCACUGACUACAGAUACAGUUUAGCCAGAGCGACGCUUGUGUUGAUUCCUCUGCUUGGGGUCCAUGAGAUCGUCUUUACCUUAAUAAUAGACGAAUCGGUCGAGGGAAGCAGCCGCUACGCUCGAAACUUCAUCAAUCUGACCCUGAGCUCUUUCCAGGGUCUUUUAGUUGCAGUGCUGUACUGCUUUGCGAACGGAGAGGUCCAGGCUGAGCUGAAGAAGAGGUGGCAGCUGUUCAUUUCCUCCAAUCAGUUUGAGGUGCACAACUGUUUUGUGGACAUUCACCCCAAACACCUGUGGAAGUGCUCGCAAAAUAGACCCCGACAAACCACAGAACAGAGCGAAUCCAAUGAGGAGGGAAACCACGCCCCCACACAAAGACAUCAGCAGCAGGUGGCCGUCCAAUCAGCAGAGGACGUGAUGUGUGGGCGGAGCUCCGGCCUAGAAUUUUACAUGAGGAAGAGCCUCUCGAGCAGCGACGGGGAAAUGACUUUAGGAGAGACAAUGGAGGAGAUCUUAGAGGAGAGUGAGUUUUAACGUCUGUCGUCGAGCCCCGUUUCGGAUUUAUUUUUCUAUAAAUAUGUAAUUACGGAUGUACAUAUACACCACUGUAAAUGGCUUCCAUGAUGUUUUUGAUACCUGACUUUUGUAUGUGUAUAUGAUGCAAGUGGUGAUGAUUCAAAAUACAGAACCAAAACUGAUGUACAGAAGCAACAGAAAUAUCUUAAAAAUCAUUCAUGUUGCCGUAGAUCCAACAAUAUGCUAAAUUAUCAAUUUUGCUUUCUUAACUAUGCUAGAUAGUAUUGUUAAAUGCAAUUCAUUACAUGCAUUUAGCUUUGUAUUUUUUCUUGCAUUUUUAAGUCAAAUAUAAUUGCAAUUUAAUAUAUGCAUUUAGUUUGUCAAAAUGAGCCAGUUGAUAGCCACUUUUUUAACUUAUACAUUGAUUUGCAUCUUUGAUGUGUUUAAACUGAACAAUUACCAACAGAUUUCUCCCUCAUUUUGUGUUUAUUUUGUAUCUACCUUUGGACAAAUGAGCCAUUGGAAAAAUCCCAGAGUCUGGAAAGCCCCUCAAAAGGUGACUUCAUUUUUAUGUAUGUACACUAGUAAUAUUAGAACAAUACUCAAUGUAAAACAUAAGUAGUACUAGUAGACUACUAAAAUAACACCGUUUGCAUGACUGUUACUGUUUUAUUCAUGAGCAAAUGAGUGUGAAGCAAAGUUGUGGAUUAUUUACAGAAUUUGCAUGUGGUUUCACAGCAAAUGAUUGGCGAUGAUUGUGAACGUGACCGUGUUUUUGACCCUCUUUGCCAAUGGACUUCUUGUAUCAGUGUAUUUCACUGUAAUUUAGUGUCUACAUAUCCAGUUUUUUUUCAUUUUUAACUCUCAAUUUUGUUUCAUACUACUGCAGCAUUUUUACAUGUAUAUUUCAUGGCACAGAUUGAAUUGGAAUCUCAGUCAACACAUAACAGCAGGAAUCAAAAAUAAUGCAGUGCACAUGAAACAAAAGAAUCAGAUCAAAAUAAAACACAAAACAUUAUUGCUUCUUCUCUUUGAGCCUCUCUUGGACCUUUUGUGGUUCGUCAAACUGAAUCAGACGGAGGAUGUUCUUAUUGUCCAUAACUCCUUGAAUGAACUCGCCCUCUGUUAUUUUACCUGAUGAUACGGAGAAAAUGCAUUCGUCAAAACUCAAUAAAGCUUAUACUGUUAAAGGU